ACAUUCCUAUGGCGUUCUACUCUAAGCACAUAAAGGGAACAACCGACGAGGGCAAUGCCAACGCCGGUGAUAAAGCUGUGGUAAAGCUGAGAUCGGACGCUUCUGAUUUAACCUGGGAAGUUAAGAUGGACGGUCGGAGACUCACCCAAGGCUGGCAAGAGUUCACCACCAGUCAUGAUCUCCGGGUCGGUGACAUAGUCAUCUUUAGACAUGAUGGAGAUUUGUUGUUCCAUGUCACAACUUUUGGGCCCAGUUGCUGUGAGAUACAAUACGAUGAUGUCUUUCAUAAAUCCUCUGAUUCAGAUUUAGCGAUGAAUCAAGAAACAAGAGAAUCAGUCUCUCCAUCAGAUAAAUCUUGUUUUGUAGCUCGUGUCACCCCGACUAAUCUAAGAAAAGAUUCACUGUUUCUUCCAAGAGGCUUUUCCAGGUCUAAUGGUUUGACGAAUCGUGAGUGCGAGAUCAUUCUACUGAAUGAAUAUGAGAAACCAUGGACAGCGUCGCUGAUCUACUACAAAACAACGGGUGAUGUUUACAUCCGAACCGGCUGGAGAAGAUUCUGCCGCGAAAAUAGGAAAAGAGUUAAUGGUUUGUUGACUUUCAAACUUGUACAAGCAGGUACAAAACCUGUUCUCCAGUUGUGUUCAUCCAUGCACAACCGAGACUGUCUCCGAGCUUCAUCUUCAAGAAGCCAAGAAAGAUUCUUGACAUUAACUCUCACACCGUACAGUCUCACGAAGUCUAAAUUGUGUCUACCGGGAAAAUUUGUGUGGUUGAAUGGUAUCGAGAACGCAAGGAAGAUAACUCUUGUGGACAGAUAUGGUGUUAAAAGGACAACGAGUCUUAGACCUGAUAACAAUUAUGGAGCAAUGAGAAUGGGAAAAGAGUGGAGAGAGUUCUGUGAAGCUAAUGGAGUGAAGGCUGGUGAGUCCUUUACGCUGGAACUCAUCAAGGAAGAAGAAGAAGAAGAAGAAGACACAGCUGCUACUCAUCUACUUAAGUUCUGCACCAAAGCCUGAAACUCUCUCUCUGAGUUUGUUUUGCUUAUAUAAUAUCUACUUGCAAUGUUUAUGUUUUUUUGUCUGGUUUGUAACAUGCAAGGCUUUGGUAAUUUGGAAUGAACAAAGGAGUGAAAGCCCCUCAA